CCAAAUAUAGUAAUAACCCCCAAACCAUUACAAACUGCUUCUAAUGUUGAAUAUAAAAGACCUCCUUCUCCUUAUAUCUCUACCUCUUUUAAAGAAAAAGAACCAAAAAGAAAAAUCCAUCCAAACCACCAAGAAUGGAAAAUUUUGCUCCGCCGAAGUAGUUUACACAAAAAACCUACUCAGCAGAAUAAUUACUUAUCGGCUCCAAAUCUUAGCAAAAAAAGCUCAGAAUUAGUUAGUCAAAUUUCGCCACAAUCUCAGCAGGAGAAAAUUUCCCUAGCUAAUGCCAAUAAAAAAACUAAUCAACAACUAACAUUAAUCCCUAACCAAAAGGAGAAAGCAACCGAAACUGAACUUAUUUUAUUAGCCAAAAUUAAAAACCUAGAAAAACAAUUAGCCCAAAUUAAGACAGAAAAUGCUAAUUUAAAGUCUGAAAAUCAGCACUUAAAAUCCUUAAUUCAGAAAGAAGCAGAAAUAACCCAAGCCCAAAUUAUUCAGUUGCCAUCCACGAAACUAAAUAAAUAG